CGAUCGUACCGAACGUCAGCGCGAUGGUGCUGACGGCGUGCGUGCGCGCACCUUCGCGAAGAUUUUGCACAUCUUACCAAGAGUCAGGCGACUUAAUUAAAUCGCCUUCUCCGCCUCCCAGCCACGAUGGUUCAGCGAGCGGCGAGGGUGAGGGCGACGCGAGCGGGGACGAGCGGUCGUCGGAGCCGCUGGCGCUGCCCAUGCCGCCUCGCGCGCCCACACACGCCGCCGCCAGCGCCGCCACCGCCGCCGUACUCAGCGCGGCGGGCGCGGGCAACGCGCUGGCGCAGCUGCAGCACCUGUUGCUGACGCAGCACGGCGCGCACUCCCUGCUGCUCCACACACAGGUGCAGCAGGCGGUGGCCCAGGCGGCGGCGCAGCAGCUGCAGCAACUGCAGGCGCGAGCCAACGCUCAGCCUACUGUUGAGGCGAGAUCUCCGUCGCCGCGGGGCUCCCCUCCAGGAGCGGGCGCGUUCCUCACACCGCACACGCCCGGGCCGGGCCGCGCCCGCUCGCCCCACGCGCUGCACGCGCACGCGCACGCCCUGCACGCGCACGCGCAUUCCCCGCACGGCCUGCACUCGCACUCGCCGCACGCGCCCGCCCACUCCCCGCUUCACGCGCACGCGCACAAGCCGCGCGCGCUCGACCCCGCCGACGACACAGCGGACCUCGAGGAGCUCGAACACUUCGCCAAGACCUUCAAACAACGAAGAAUCAAACUCGGCUUUACACAGGGCGACGUCGGUCUCGCUAUGGGCAAGCUGUACGGGAACGACUUCUCGCAGACCACAAUUUCAAGAUUCGAGGCCUUGAACUUGAGCUUCAAGAAUAUGUGCAAGUUGAAGCCCCUCCUGCAGAAGUGGUUGGAGGACGCGGACUCGUCGCUGAGCGGCGGCGGCGGCUCCACGGCGCUGGGCGCGGGGCUGGCCGAGGCCGUAGGCCGCCGCCGCAAGAAGCGCACGUCCAUCGAGUCGGGCGUGCGGGUCGCCCUCGAGAAGGCCUUCCUGCACAACCCCAAGCCCACCAGCGAGGAGAUCGCCGCGCUGGCUGAUUCCUUGUGCAUGGAAAAAGAAGUGGUGCGCGUUUGGUUCUGCAACCGCAGACAAAAGGAGAAGCGUAUAAACCCGCCGGCGGGCGAGGGCGGAGCGUCGUCGCCGAGCGGCGGGUCAUUGCUGCCGAUGCACCCGCUGCACGCGCACGCGCACGCGCACGCCCACGCCCACGCGCACAGCCCCGCCGCGCACGCCGCCCUGCAGGCCGCCGCGCUGCAGCCCCUGGCGCUGCUGGCGCGGCCGCCCCGCGACUGACGCCAACAUAUCGUGUAAAUACGCCGCCUGUACAGACUGUGUACAUAACAAUGUCGUUGUAAGUGAUCGUGCGCCGCGGGUAGACGACGAGCUCUGUUGCGCUCGGAACUGAUCUCUGGGGUGAUAGUGAGACGUGAGAUUUAUGAAACGAACAUGUCACACCGUUUUAUUGUUUCUUUGUUAGUAGUUUGUAAAUAAUGAGUAAAAGAUUAUUCAGUGUUCUCGGUAUUAUACUAUAAUAUAGCGAGCUCCUUAAUUAGCCGUGCGAGAAAGAUCCAAGCCACUGAUUGAGUAUACGACAUUGUAUAAGUGUUUAGAUCUCUAUUAUCUUUUGAAAUUGAAAAGAUUUAGGAACCACGUAAAGUUUUGAAAAGCUACGUUUUUUUUCUAAGGCAUGGUUAAAAUUAUUAUGCGCUCAGGAUCUUUGGCUCGAUCUACAGUUGAUAUAAAAUGAAUACUAAUUCACGCGUCUUUUACAUUUGAAAGUUUUGCAGAAGUUUAGAAUUCAGAACGGUCUCACAUGUAUUUUAUGUGCUACCGUGAAAACUAGGUACACACUUACCAUGCAUUUUAAUUUAUUGAUUAAGUAUACAUGGAUAACUUCCUGCGAAACGAACGAAUGUAAUCGACGCCAUAGCUCUACGAUUAUAUUGAAUUUAAAUAUUAAGUUUUAAUUUAUGUUGUUUUGUUUAACAUGUGUAAUGUAUAAAAUAUAAAUUAUUUUAUGUAUCAUAGUAUACGGAGACAUAGUGUAAUGUAUGACCGUAACGGACUUCGUCGUCGCGUAUCCGACACCGGAACCGGAACCGAAACCGGAACUUCCGUGGUCCGAUACAACGACGCCCGCGGCGCGCGGCCGGAGUAGCUUAAGGUAGCGUAGUGUGGUAGCGUAAGUUUAUAUGAUAUUGUGAAGUUUAUUUAUGUGAGGCGAGAGCGCCGUGUACAGACCCAUAUCACUUAGCGCAUGCGCAUGUAAGGUGGAUGUGUAGAACUAUCUAUAUGUUACAAU